CGUGGCGAUCACUCCCAUCAUUCAGACACAGACACAGCCAGCCAGCCAGCCAGCCAACACCCCCUCAGCCCAGCCCAGUCAGCCCCCGUCCCCCCUUUUGAACGCUCUCACUUCCGGCGCUUCCCUUCUUUCCUCCCCCACUCCCUUCUCUUCAGCUGACUGUACUGUACCCGCGCAUGUUUGGCCUCUCUUUCUCUUUGUUUGAUUGCCGUUCGCCGCUGAGCUCUAUUGUCCUCAUUCUAUCCCCCCCCCCUUCUUCUUCUUCUCCGACUUUCGUUUAUCAUUUCUGCAUUCGUGACUUUCUGAUGUCCCUAUUCCUUGUAUUCCAAUUUUUCUUUGUCUUGUUCGUGUUUGCUCUGCGCCUCUCGGGUGUGUGAGAUCGGUGAGUUAUCGUUACCUAGCUGGUAGCUUUCUUUCUUGUUCUCUCUUAUGUCGUCAACCUUUUGGUUAAGGUUUCCUGCAUGUCAUUGGUGGAGGCGUGGUCUUGAUGUGCAGUAGUGGUUGGGCAGGUGUGGUGUGGAUGAGUGGGGGAGUGUGAGAGAGUGUGAUGAUGUAUGGGCGUGUCCAGCUAGAGAAAGGGAGAGGUAGGUAAGUGCAAAAGUUCUGUGGGCGGGUGAUUGCGACAUGGGUAUGUGCAAGUCUUCUAGCGGCUGUAGUAUUUAAAGCUGCUGUGAUAUUGCUAAAUGUUGGACUAGUUAUCUCUUGUCGGCCCUACUUUGCACUGCGUUGUCUCUGCUUCGAUUAGUAUCAAUCAGGUGUGAAGUUUUCAACAAGAAGCUUCACUCGCGAAGAUCAUUGUCCUACCACCGAACUUUGGAUUAGUGUGGAAAUUGAAUGCAUGCGUCUUAGCUAUGUGAAGCCUCUUGAUGCCGGCUAUCAUCAAAUUUGAUCCUACGCGAAGUUAAUCUUCGCCCAGGCCGAUGUUGGCUACUAGUUCUGUGUUCCCGCCUGUACAUGCAAUUAUCUGCGAGUCUACCAUUGCCUGGGCUUAACCGAGCAGUAGAAAAAAUUGUUGCCAACUACGCCAUAGCACAGACACGGAUGACAUGAGGUGAAUUAGAAAUCUGCACUGGAGAGUUCGAGGAGAAACGCUGGUGGAAAUUUUUCAUUCGCGGAACCAAGAAGACUCAAGAUGGGGAGAGCCGGACUCGCUGCCCCUAGGACUUGUUCAACUCUAGAACUGCGAACUCACGCUUCUCCAACUGUUAUAGUUCCAGAUACUGCCUACAAGGCGGGGGAUGUUAGUCCACCUUCGCCAGGCACUCCAAUUCAGUGUUCGCCAGCCAGCGUUAGACCUGUUCGUCUUGCAUGGCCUAAGGAUGCCCUGGAGGUAAUACGUCGGCAGAUGGAAGCGAUUCGGUCACAGUCCGUUGAAGCUAGUGAACUCGCGUCACCUCAACGCAGUCCGGAUAGUUCCGAGAUGCAGAAGGCAAUUGAGACUGCGCAGAACGAUGAUACCUUUGGUUUGGAAGUGUCUUUAAGGCAGCGGUCUGCCUUACCAGAGGACUGGGAGCAGUUUUUGGACCUGAAGACGGGUCAAUUCUACUAUUUCAAUUGGAGCUCUUGCAAGCGAACCAAACAGGAUCCUAGGGAGUUCAUUCUUCAAGCCAACAAAAAUGUUGUAGAACACAUGCGGGGGGCGCAUCUUCGCGGAGAAACUUCUAUUGAUCAGACAAUGACGAGCAGAUCGCAAAAUGAUGAGACUGGCGAGAAUAUUGUGAGUAGUGAAGCUGGAAGUUGCCCACCUGAUGUGUGCGAACGAACCAGUGAAGUGUGCUCUGUUGCACUCAAAAUGUCUGCAGACAGGGAGCUUGGCAACAGUGGGUUAAUGUGCAGGAGCAGCAGUAAGGAAGUGAAUGCUACCAAUGUCCGCAGAAAAGAGAGGAAAAGUCAGCAUACAGUCAUGGUAGUGUCUGGAUGUCAUAGCUGCUCAGCGUUUGUGAUGCUCUGUUUGUCAUCACCAGCGUGCCCAAGCUGCGGAGUUCGCGUGCCGUCAGAGCACGGCGGUAUCCGCUAGGAGCGACGACCUGCGAAGGCUGUACACAAGCUUUGCUUAUAAUCAUUGUCAGGAAAAAGACAAUGACAAUGACUCUAAGCAAUGUUGGAGCAAGAAAAGUCGGAAGGGAAGGUUACUAUCGUAUCUCCAUCCGACUGCUCAAGUUCUACUCCUCCAAUCACCGACCAUAUCUCGGACAGAGUUGGUCAAGAGCUUCAAGGUUAGAUCAUGUUGCUUACACUCAUUGUCAGGAAAAGACAAUGACAAUGACUCUAAGCAGUGUGCGACUGUUCUGAAAAGGGUGAGGUUCGGAGGUGCAAGCCCCUCCCGAGGACCAUUAUUCAGAAGUUUGGUGCUUCUCUUUGCUGGGCAAGAGAGUGUAAUAGCUGAAGGUCUGCAACAGUAUUGGCUUGGAAACAUAUGACUUACAGGAUAUCCGUGACAAGAUAUUCAUUCGCAUUAGAAAACUUCUGGUUUACUCGACGAGCUAGUAGUUCAUGGGUCUCUCACUCAGCCGAAAAAGAAUAGAUGUCUCGUCAAUGUUUCUCACUUGUCGACUGUGGGUUUCCAUUAACUCAUUGGAAAAGAAUAUGUAACUGCCAAGUCUGCGUCUUCAUGAGGACGGAACAAAUCCAGCGCUACAUCGACAACUAAAUGUUCUCGUUGAUGUAAAUUUUGUCGCCCAGGGUAUUAUCAUAUGGGUUGCUGUUGGAAUGCAUGAAUCGCACUUGUCA